GGCGGAACUACAUUUCCCAUGAUGCUUCUCGUGCGACUGUACUGUUCAUAUCAAUAUGGCUUCUGUCAGUCACACAAAGGCAAAUGAUAUUUUGCUGUGAAAUGCGGCUUCGCUGAUUACAGAGGGAGACACGGAGCGGGACGGGGACCGGGACAGGGACCGGGACAGGGACAGGAGGACUCGGAGGGACGCAGUCGGACAUGCCGCGGUGUGUUUGCUGACAGAGGGAGUUUCUCCGACGCGCUUGUGUUUUCGCUCCGGGACCAAAAAUUACUGCAAUAUAAAUGAAAUGUAAUGGUGGACGGAGGCCCAGCUGAAGAAUGUCACAUUACACCGACGAGCCUCGCUUCACCAUCGAGCAGAUCGAUUUGCUGCAGCGGCUGCGUGGGAGCGGCAUGACCAAGCAGGAGAUCCUGCACGCCCUGGACACGCUGGAACGUCUGGAGCACGAGCACGUGCAGAAGUUCGGCCCGCGGCUUUCCUGCACUGGAGGGAGGAGAGUAGAAGUCGGAGGAGUCAACAGUCACGGCAGGUCCAACUCUGCCGCCCCGUCCAGCACGUCUUCAUCUGCCUCCGUGGCCACUCAGACUGUUUUUCAAGGGGAACCCCCGUCUCCGACCAGCUACGAAACCUCUCCGCCCCCAACCAUCAGCUUGCCGAUGGGCGUAGUGGUGCCGGCGGCUCAAAACGGCCGUGACGGUUUGGUGCCGGUCAGCAACGGGAAGCUCUCACCUCCUCAGUACGCCGUACCCACUAGAGCGUUCGGCUUCGAGCCCACCGAGGAGGAAGUGGACAUCGAUGACCGCGUGGAGGAACUCAUGAGAAAGGACAGUAAUAUAAUUAAAGAGGAGAUCAAGGCCUUCUUAGGGAGCCGGAGAAUUUCACAAGCCGUCGUCGCCCAAGUCACAGGAAUCAGUCAGAGUCGGAUCUCCCACUGGCUCCUUCAGCAGGGCUCUGAUCUGAGCGAGCAGAAGAAGAGAGCCUUCUAUCGGUGGUACCAGUUGGAGAAGACCACACCUGGCGCCACUCUGGCUAUGAGACCCGCCCCCGUGGCGCUGGAUGACAUCGUAGAGUGGCACCAAAACGCCCCACCCAUCAACUGCAGCCCCGGGAGCUUCCGACUGCGCCGCGGCAGCCGCUUCACCUGGAGGAAAGAGUGUCUCUCUGUCAUGGAGAGUUACUUUAACGACAACCAGUAUCCCGAUGAGUCCAAACGCGAGGAAAUCGCCAACGCCUGCAAUGCUGUGAUACAAAAGCCAGGGAAGAAGCUUUCUGAUCUAGAGCGGGUCACAUCUCUGAAAGUCUAUAACUGGUUUGCUAACCGGCGAAAGGAGAUAAAGAGAAGAGCCAAUAUAGAAGCAGCAAUCCUGGAGACUCAUGGGAUCGAUGUGCAGAGUCCAGGAGGACACUCCAACAGCGACGAGAUCGACGGGAACGACUUCAGUGAGUCGGGCGCGGAGCCGGCUUUAGGGACGGACGAGAGCAGGGGGCCGAGCGAGCACCAGGACCCCAUCAGCCUGGCGGUGGAGAUGGCAGCGGUCAAUCACUCCAUCCUGGCGCUGCCACAGCAGGGCAGGGACGACAAGAACGUCAAGUCCGAGGUGCUCGAUGACGAAUGAGGACUCUUUUACGCACACACACAUCACAUUUUCACACUGUAUCUGCCAAAGGAGGAGACGGCGCUAGGCUGAGACUUUAAAACAAGUUUCGCUCAAACUCAUGCAUUUCAGCCGUAUAUCUUAAGUAAUAUAAUUUUUCGGCGAAUAUUUAACAGUUAAUUAAUGAUAUGUUAACCUUGUGGAAAAUUAGCUCUUUAAAACACAGGCGAGUCAUGCUAGUUCCUCACGCCUUCGCAAACAAACAAAGUCAUCCAUUCCGGAAAAAAGAAAAAUGCCCCGUCACAUAAUACGACAUCCUGGUCUACUUUCAUCCAACAGCUAUAAUCUGUUUAUUGCAAUAUUUAUCUAGACGUUAUAUAAAGUAGAAAUGCACUACAGGUCGAAUUCAGUACUGAAAAUAAUAUAGCGAGAAACAGGUUACUUUUUUGGUUCCUAUAAAGGAGCAGUCUGUCAUUUUCAGUGCCCCCUGCAGGCUGUGAGUAAAAUUACACUUGCAGCAAAAACAUUGAAUCAAACUCUUUUGUUAAAAAAAAAAAAAAAGAAUCGAGUUCUCUUUAAAGUUAGAUCUUUACAAUUACAUUUGCUAAUCACUACAAUACUAAUUAAACAUCCUAAUCUGCACUUUUUAAGUCGCUUUAGCACUUUUUUCCCCAGAAAAAAAAAAAAAUGUUUUCAAGAACUUCCAUAAUGGAGCCAGAAAGUGCUAUUUGUAAAUACUUUUCGAUUGUGUUUGGAAUAAUAUUCCCCAACCAGACGAGAUGUAGUCUGAAUGUAGAAUUACACUAGAUUAGAUAGUCUGACUUAUAUUACGUUUAGGAUGAGUUAACUAGCUAGCUAGCCAUCAACAUGGACAGUACGGCAAUUUAAAAGGUAGAACCUCAAUGUACAAAUAUUUCUUUCAAAUCAGAAUUUAGCACUUUUUAAAUCGAUUAUAAAAUCAUCGGCUGAACAAGAAUUCAUUUGUGACCAUGAAUAAAAACCCCAGAGUCACAUCAGUAUUGCUAUUUGAAACUUACACCUAGUUUGAUGUCAGAAUAUUUCUGAUGAUUCUCCUUUCCUGGAGGGGAAUUGAAACCCUCUGCUAUCUCUCUUUCUCUCCUCCUCUGUAAGUAAAACGCUGAUUUCCAUCACCUCCUGGCCUCUUGCCGUCUAGCUGCCUGUAAAACAUGAAUCAUGAACCUCCUCAGUAGUGAGAUCUGGUCCUGAGAUCACAUGAGCCUUAUCAAUGAUCAUGUGCUUCAUCAUCAUCAUCAUCAUCACUCUCUCCCAGGGUCUGCUACACUUCAUUAGGCUUCUUUAAAAGCAAUCGGACAAAUGCUGUUAACUGUACCAUGUGUAACCUCAUACUAUUCUGUAUCAGGGUGCUGGACUGAACUCUACAGUGUUCGGGUUUAAAACCGAGGCCCUGAUUUACAUUAGAAAAAAAAGUGUGUGAUUUUAAAGUUAGUUUAAUUUUUUUUUUUUUUUUAAAAAGCUGUGCUGAAUAUUAUCACGAAUGGGUGAUACUUGUUCUCUUUCGUACCUUUAAUUUGUUAUGUUUUCAAGUGGUAUAUGUGCUUUCAGAGUGGGCGGGGCUAUCAAUCUCUCCCCUGUCAAUCACUUAGACACUAGCCAAUCGUGUGCUGAGACGCAUAUUAAAAGGUACAAAUGAUGUACGCUCAUCGAUGGUUCCACUCCUGUGAAUAGUUUAGUAUUUUUUUUUUCUUUAGCGAAAAGUAAAUGAAAAUUGUUACGUUUUUAAACAAACAAAACUUUCAUAACUGUACUGUAUAGCGUUAAAUCAUUUUCAGCUUCCUCCUUUUUAUUAGUAAUAUAUAAAUAAUAUAGUGUACAGUCUAAAUUUUACUUCAGGUCAAUUGAAUCCAGCUUAAUUUACACCUGCUGUCCGGUUUGUGUUUAUUUACGCAUUCAGUCGCUGCUUCUGAAGCAGCUUUUAAACCAUUUCAUUCAGAAUCACACUGUAGCUGCCAAAUAAAGUUGUGCAUCGAGUCAGCUUUGCAAAAAUGCAUUAAUAAUUAAUGCAAAUGUGAUAAACAUUAGAAAGUCGCAAUUAAGGAAAUUAUUUAUUCGGGAGUGUGAUGAAGUUUGGAUUUUUUUUUUAUGCAUCCGGUUUAGUAAAUCAGGGCUCGACUCUGUAGAAGCAUCGAGCAGCGUUCGGGCUGGAAAACAGAUGCAGGCGAAUGUUCAGAUUGUAUACAGUUUGUGCAAAACAUGUUAACGUUCAAACGAAUCUAGAAGAAAUACCAUCCUCAUUUCUCAGAUAGUUUCAGCCAAGUGAAUGCUGGACAUCAAGCAGUUGAUGCGCAUCGACGUCAUUCUUGAAUGAUCACGGAAUAGUGUGUAAAUAUAAUUCAGUGUAAAAGCAUUUAGAAGUCAAUUUAUGUCAGAUAGGUUUAAGUUCACAAAUGUCCACCAAAAAUUGUGUAGGAAAAGAAAAAAAGAAAUAAGAAAAAAAGAAAAAAAACGGCUGAAAUGUUCAAACCCAUUUAUACCAAUAUAAAGAAUUGUAUUUUUCAUACUUGAUUUCAGGAAUUUUUUUUUUUUUUUUUUUUAGAAAUUGUUUAUAUUCCCACACUUUUCUUUCUUUUGCUCAUUUUUUUUUUAAAUCCAAAAAUCUUAUUUCACUUUAGGGUUCACAAAGUGGCAUUUGACAAUCUUUAAUUUAAUAUUUUUUUUUUUUUUUUUUAAAGAUCAUAUUUUUUUCCACGUGUGUGAGAGCUUCAGCUGUUUCACUGCACUUAAUAUUUAUUUGACUACAUUUAUAAUAAGGAAAUAUAUAGGACAAUAAUGACCUCUGAUAAUAAUCCCUUUACUCGUGAUCAGUCUCACUGUUCUUGUGUCACACCACACUUUACUGACCAUAUCCAGAGAGGAACCUGAACCGUACCAGAACCCAAAUCCUCCGAUCAGGGUGGACGAGCAGUCCGGCUUUUUUUUUUCGGACAGGAAAUCAGGAGCUCCACAGUCCUGUUCGAUCUGUCCAUGCUCAAUAUGUGAAUAUACUAAAAUCUAUACAUAUAAAUAUAUAUAAAUAUAUAUAAAUAUUACAUGACGCAAAUACUGUUGUAUUAACUACAGAUAGUUAAAUCCUAUUUCAGAAUUUAGUGCCUUUUUUUGGACAGUAGACUGUUCAGUAAUUAAUAUGUAGUAUAAAUGUAUGCUUUAUGACUUUUUUAAGAUUUUUUUUUUUUUUUUUAAACCUGUGUUUAUUUUAGUACUGUAUCUUCUAGAGAAUAAAAUCUAAAUCAACAAGUUCGGAUUUGUGU